AUGUCUCUCUCUCGUUUGCAAGAUUUUGAGGACCGACAGAAUCGCAUACAACGUUUUGCAAUCCGAAGACUCCAUGAUUUGUCAAAUCCUUUUGAGUCCUUCUCGGAACACCAAUUUCAAGCACGAUUCCGUCUCAGCAAACACGCAAUUUUAUUUGUAGCUGCGCUUAUAGAACCCAAAGUGAUCAGUCCCUUAAAGCGUGGUGCACAAAUCCCCCCAUUCAUGCAACUGUUAGUUGCUCUCAGAUUUUAUGCAGCAGGAACAAUUCAAAUUCAACGAGUCUCCGAAGCUCUCGCAAGUUUGAAAACGCAAUUUAUACGAUACCCCACCGAAAUCGAAGCGAUUGUAAUUAGACAGCGUUUUUAUGACUAUGGGGGAUUUCCUGGUGUGGUUGGUGCGAUAGAUUGUACGCAUGUUCCAAUUAAAUCAAUCGGUGGGCCGAAUGCAGAACUAUUUCGUAAUCGAAAAGGAAAUUUCUCAAUAAAUGUACAACUAAUUUGCACCUCGGAUCUGAAGAUAACAAAUGUUAUCGCCCGGUGGUACGGCUCGUGUCACGACAAUCGAAUUUUUGAUAAUUCUACUAUUUGUGGACAACUAGAAAGAGCAGAGGUACCCGGAAUUUUACUUGGUGAUUCUGGAUAUGGAUGCACAUCAUUCCUGAUGACCCCUUUCUCACAUCCAACGACAGCUGCAGAAAAGCGGUAUCAAUCCGCACAAAUCAAGACCAGAAACCCGAUCGAGCGAUGCAACGGGCUUUUGAAGCAACGUUUCAAUUGUUUGAGAUACAUGCGUCUAAAAUUGCGAACCACUCUGACCACCAUUGUCGCUUGUUGCGUCCUUCACAACAUUGCACUUCUGCAUCCGGACGAUUUACAAUUUGAGGAAGAUAUGAAUGAGCCUGAUGAACCGAACGUGAAUAUCCAACCGUCUACGUCAGGGAUAAAUGCUCGAACCAGAAUUGUUACGUCCCAUUUCUCUUAA